UGGAGUUUCUUCGUGCACGGCUACAUUCGAACUUGCCGCACUUUCGCGACUUCCUGUGUUCGAACUUCGAAAAGUUCCCGAUUCCGAAAGCUCGUUGCAAGACUUUGAGAACAUGCUGAACAAGAACUUCGCCAUCGCCGUGGCCGUGGUGCUGGCGUGCGUGUGCCUCGCCGAGGCGCGCGAGGAGAGUCCGCACGACAUGGCGGACGCUCUGCGCAUGCUGCAGGAACUGGACCGCUACUACACCCAGGCUGCCAGACCGAGGAUCGACCGCCGCGACGUCGGCGAUGACCGCGUCGACCCACAUGUGAUAGACCGCGCGCUUCGCCUCCUACAACUUCAAACCCUAGACCGUCUUUACUCCUACCACACGCGACCAAGGUUUGGGAAACGCUCCGAUUCCUUCACAAACUGGGCCAAGGAUCUUGAAAAGCCAGACAUACCCGCCUGGCUGCAAUACGCCAGAAGGAGAUGAGGAGAGCAACCGAAGCCGGGUCCUUCGCUAGAGCCGUUUCUGCAUACUGCUAAUACCA